AUGUCUAAUACAGUGAUAACUAACUAUACGGACCUUAAUGGACCAUCUACCAAAACCGACAGUUCUGUAGUUGUUAUUGUAAACAAGGACGGAUCCUUGUCCGUAGAUCAAAACUUGCUUGGUACACUAAUGGGGAGUGAUGGAUCUCAGGCUGCAGGAAUUAGUGUAGUCCGGGUUGGUCAUGAAGGCCGCCCUGAUGAUGCUACUGAUUCAGAAAAUGAAGAUGAUAAAGUGCCCCAUGUUACACUGUCUGUGGAUAGUUAUUACAAUGAACCAGACAGCAUUAUAAAAUAUGAUAGUGGUGCAGAAAUGUUACAGUCGCUAAGAAUAGAGACGAGAGAAAACAGUUUGGUUGGGUUUCAAAAUGAUCAUUGCUAUACACCUCUCACAUCACCAAGCCAGGUAUUGCCACAAAAGAGUGAUUCUUAUGCAUCUUAUGAUGAUCCAGUGAUAGAGAUUACACACACUCCACCACCAAAACCUGUAGCAAAUAAUAAAAAAAUCACCAUAUUAGAACAACAAAUCAUACCCAAAGGAAAGAAAAUAUUAAUUAAUUCGGCUGAACCUGGUAUUAUUUUCAAAGGAAAUGAUGUUCUUACUAAGCCUUUGCCUGUCUUAACUAAAACUAAAGUAGUAAAUGAAUCGCAGAAACAUGAAAUUGCAAAAUCUGAAGAAAAUACAGAAUCUUCGUCUGCUAGUUCUUCUGGUGAUAGUAUUCCUGAUAGAGAUUCUGAUUCAGAUUAUAAAGACUCAAAAGAAAAAUCGGGUCCACUAAAAUUAAGAAAGCUAAAAUCCAAACCAAGGAUAUUGAAGAAUCUGCAUAAUGUUAAAGGUGCAAAGGUGCAAAGUAUAGACCCUAAAUUAGCAUCCAAACUAAAAAUCAAUAAAAACAUGAUUAGAAAAGACAUUAAAGAGAAGCUAUUAAAUAAAAAUUCAAUGCUUGAUAAGACGCCAAUGGAUUUAGAUAAAAUGAUUCCAGCUACUAAGUUACAAAUGGUUUCGUCUGUUCUUAGGCAAACUAAGUACACACCUAGGGUUCCAAGGGUGAAUAAAAAAGGAAAGAAAAAGCCUGCUCAUGAGAACGCUCUCAUAUCAGAUAUGACUUCACUAUUUUCAACCCCAGAUGUUAUAAGAAGAGUAUCCACUGAGAAUAAAAUUCAAGCUAAAUCAGAUAAAGAACCUGUGUUACCCAGUAAAAAAGUUAAUGAAAUUGUUAAGCCUAUUGAAGCAAAUGAACUUAAACCUGUUGUUAGUCAACCAGUGGUUUCCAAAUCUGACAUGAAUGAAUUGAAACCUAUGACCGCUCAAAAGACUUAUGCUAAACCAACAAAGAUAAUUGGGAAUGUUGCUGAAAAAACUACUAAAAACUAUGAUCUUAUACCCCAACUUGAUGAUGCAAGCUUAGCCCAGAUACUUCAAGAUACUGCACCUCAGUCUAUGAAGGUUCAACCAAGUAUAUCUAAUGCUAAUGUGAUUAGUAGUCCUGGACUAGCUGGACCACUUUCCCCAACAUUAGAUUUACUUGGUGGCUUACAACCAGAAGAAGAUGGACUUACAGAAGAUUUACUAUUGCAUGUAGCAAGGUUAGUGGAAAGUUCGGAAAAUCUACAAGAAGUGAUAGAUAAACAAGUAUUGGGUAAAGUUGAUACAGUUGCACCCAAGACCCCUGCACCACCCACAUCUUAUCAGCAGACACAGCCUCCCAGUCUGUAUACACCACCACAACCAAAGGUAGCAGUCAAGAGUGCAGUUCCACGGAAAGAUCCUAUAGAGAUAGUCCGAAAAGAUGGUCGCGUGAUUACCUUACCGCCUAUCGAAGCGCCAGCUACAAGGGCUUCUAAACGAAAAAGCCAGAUUGAUUCAACAAUGACUGUGACUGAAAGCAUACCAGUUCCGCCACUAGUUCCAAUACAACCUGUUGCUGCUGUUUCUACUCCAGAACCAACUAUACAACAAAUUUCUAAACAGUACACAAACAAAAAACUAGCAAGAAAACAGGAACACGUAGUACAAACUCCUGCAAUAGAAAAAAAUUCAGUUGAAUCUCAGGAGAGCUGGAAUUCUGAAGAUGAUCCGAACAGGCUAUGGUGCAUAUGUAAACAGCCACAUAAUAAUAGAUUCAUGAUUUGUUGUGACGGCUGUGAAGACUGGUUCCACGGAAAAUGUGUUAACAUCACCAAGGCUAUGGGCCAGCAAAUGGAGGAACAAGGCAUUGAAUGGACAUGUCCAAAUUGUGUCAAGAACACCAAACCUUCAACUAAGAACUCGGCCAAGGUACCAACGCCGCCAAAGGAGACAGCUGGAGUAAGUACACCACCUGCUAUCACAAAAGAGUUUGCCUCAAAAACUACUUGUAUUGUUUGCAAGAAACCCGCACGAGCCAGUAGUAUCUAUUGCAGUGAUGCAUGCAUCCUCAAACACGCCCAAGACUCUCUCGGCCACCCCCCCAAGGCCGACACUAGCGGCAAACCCGAUAAACCUACUUCCGAGUCACGGGUUAUCGUCUAUGAAAGAAAAUCUGGAAGGUUACUCGCUGGUCCGAAUGCCCCUACCGCAGAGAAUUUGAAAGCGUGGUUGCAAAAGAAUCCUACGUUUGAAGUUGUUCGUCCUGGAACGCUGAGCGCUAUUAAGCCGAAUGUAGUACGAAAGAAAUCGAGCAAUGAACCCAAUAAAAUUCAAACCACUCUCAACUUCGCAAGGAUCCCGAAGAAAUCUCAAGAACAGGCACAACCGAAAACACCACAGCCGGAACCCAAGGAAAAGAUGAUCAAAGUAAUUCCGCUACCUAAAGAAGAAAUUAAAACCCCUCCCCCGAAGACACCAGUUACGCCCAAAUCACAACAAGCGCCAAUAUUUGAUACGCCAAAAUCGUCAACUAAAACUUCGAGUGAACAAAAAAAACCAGCUCGGGCGUCCACAAGUAGAUCUCAGUCAUUAGUUGAAAAGCAGCCGGCAGUGUCGCCGUCCACGUCGCGGCGCCGGGACGCGCCGGACAAGCGCGCCAGGAUGACGGACGACCCCGUGCGGGAUAACGUGCGGAAAGCGCUGCAGGAACAGAUCUCUAUCCGCAUGGCCGAAAGCGACGGAUUCAAGUUCACAGAGGAUGAGAUUAUACAGUUCGCCAAUGAUACGGAACAGGAGUUACACGAACUGUUCAACCGCGAUGUCGGUAUGAAAUACAAAGCGAAGUACAGAUCUCUCAUGUUCAAUAUUAAGGAUAGGAAAAAUUUGUCGCUGUGGGAUAAGAUUUGUGAACGCGUUAUUACACCGAAACAACUGGUAAGGCUUUCUCCAGAAGAGUUAGCGAGUCAAGAAUUAGCGCAAUGGAGAGAUAAAGAAGCUAAGCAUCAAUUGGAAUUGAUUAAGAAAUCUGAGAUUGACCUUUUGGCAGCAAGCAAGACAUAUGUUUUGAAAACUCAUAAAGGAGAAGAGGUUAUGGAAACAAAAGAAUCAGUAGCAACAGAGUUGAAUCCAGAUGUACCUGUAGAGGAUUUAGUAUUUGCUUUAAAUGAUGCUGUUGGAGAUGGAGCACCAGAGACAGCACCAGAACUAUCUAAAAAGGAGGAAUCACACAAAAAGCAUGGAAACAAGAAAAAAGAUAAGGAAAGUGAAAGUACAAGAAAAAAUGACAAGGAUUCAAAGAGGGUUUCUGAAAAAAGAAGAUCUAGAUCAUCUAGACGGAAAUAUGAAAUGAAAGAAAAAGAAUAUCGAUCCUCGCGUCGAUCCGAAAGGAAGUCGAGAUCGCGGUCAAAAUCAAAGGACAGAACCAAAGCAGAUCCUAAAGACAAAUCAGAGGUUCGAGAACGUUCAAGGCACAGGUCAAGGUCAAGGGUGAAAAAGAGACAGUCGAGAGAGCAUUCCAGAUCGAAUUCCAAAGAGAGACGGGAGAGAUCGCGGUCCCUUCGGCGCUCGUCGCGGCGAUCCCACUCUAGGGAUAGUAUCAAGCGAAGGAGCUCACGGGAGGAACGCUCCCGCUCUAAACGCCGCAGUAGUGACGACAAGUUCAAACACCGCUCCAGAUCUCAAGAGGCUACUUUGAAUAAGAGUAAGAAUGAUUCCACAGAUUCUGAUUCAAUAGAAAGACCAAAAUCUGCCAUGAUGAAGGAAGCACAUCCUGAGUACGAUCCUCAUGAACCAAUGAUCACAUCAGCAAUCUCUGAAGAGGAUUUGAGGAAAUCCAGGGAGGAUGUGUAUGAGGAUAGUUAUAAGAAUGAAAUAUCAGAGUAUGGCAAUGUGGAAUAUGAUCCCUCGAAGACAUUCUCUAUUGAUGCAAAUGUAACCAUAUCUCCGCCUAAAUAUUUAGAAAAACAGGAUAAGUCUGAAGCUGAAAGUGACCAGGAGCCCACUAGUACAGUGGAGCAUUCUGCUGCGACUGUAUGGAAUGGCUGCAUUAACAUGGUGGAUGUGGCCAGGUUCUAUGUAGCAGCACAUGAGGUUUCAGGCAAUGCCGUAGAUUUAGAAGAAGAUCUCGCACCAGAAUUAGAUAUAGUCGGUAGAAUUAACCCAGACACAGUUUGGGAUUAUAUUAAUAAGAUGAAGCGCGCUAAUAAUAAGGACAUUGUCGUUUUGAAGCUCCAAGCGGCAAAUGAUGAGGAACGCAUGCAAUAUAUCGCUUUGUACAGCUAUCUUAGUAGCAGAAAUAGAUUGGGAGUGGUGAAGGUAUCAAAUACGGCGACCGUUAAAGAUUUCUACAUAGUACCGAUACCAGCGAACACGUCCCUGCCGCCUGUACUGCUGCCGCUGGACGGGCCCGGCCUCGGCGACGCCAAGACCCAUCUCCUCCUAUCUAUUAUCAUUAGACAGAGAAAGAAAAGACUCGCACCGCAUAUACCCAAAGAUAUUGUACCAGCCAAGGUGGCGCGCGGGUCCCGCAAGCAGUCGUACACGCCGCCGCUGUCGCCGCGGCGCCGCGCGCUGCCGCUGCCCACGUACCCCGCCUCCGCCCUCUCUACCUCUGUCAAGGACAAAAUUGCUGCCUCGUUGGCAGCUGCUGAUGACGAUGAAGCUUACAGUCCCGGAUCGUCAUCGGGCAGCAACAGCGCCUCCGCGCCCUCGCUCCCGCCCAACUCUAACACACUUCGAACCAAAAUGGAGGAACUUAACCGCCAAAUUGAAGAACAGAAACAGCAAAUACUUAAAAUGGCACGAGCAGAUUCGUCUUCUGUUAGUGGAGAGAACGAAGCCUACUCCCCGUCGCGGCCGCUGACGCCGCCGGAGCCGGCGCCGGUGCCGCUGGCCGACAUCGCGCUGCCCUCCAACCUGCAGGAGAUCCUCGCCACCAUCAAGCAGCGCUCCGAGCCCGCCGCCGACGUCGACAUGCGCACACUACCCAUGUCC